CCUCCGUCCGGGGUUGUCACAACAACGGUAGUCCACCCUGGCCGGCCGGCCCGCGAUGUCAUCGUUGUACCUGCCUGCUCAAACUCACAGAUCGUCAUCAUCAACGUUAGACCCGAAGUUGUCAUUGAAAGGUGCUGGUAGUUAAGUAGCAGUAUCAUCCAAAUAUGCCCGACGAAAAGGAGAAUGCAGACAUUAGAUUUAGGGAUCGAGUGUUGGGAGAUCUGGCGGUAUUUAAGAACAAGUUGACGGAGAUUGAGGCUAACGGGAGAACCUCGAGCACGGAAGUUUGGCAUGAACCUCGGCCGGACAAACGGAAGAUUUAUGCACGAAUCCGAUGCAAUGUUAUCUCCGUGGGUGAAAUUGACACAGUUAAACAGCAGUUUGAUGCAGAGAUAUUCCUGGGAGUGAAAUACAAAGAACCACUUUUAAAGGGGCUCACCAGGGAGGACGUGGACUGGGAGAAGAUGUGGUCCCCCAGGAUCGUCUUUGCCAAUGCCGAGGAAAUACAGCUGAUGGAAUGCAAGCACCGAAUACUGGAGCAUUCGGAUGAGGUUGAUGGGAUACCCGAUGCGUAUGUGACGUACCGCAUGAGGGCGACCUUCAAGACUCUUAUGAACCUCGUUGACUUCCCAUCAGAUCUUCAGAGUUUAACAAUCAAGCUCAUGUCGGACUGGCCGGAGAGCGAUUUUGAAUUUGUCAAGGACAUGCACAUCAAAGACUCUAUUCGGCUUGACAUGUUCUCAGGUUGCCAUGAAUGGGAGUUAUGUCCUGUCGUAACGGCCUCCCCGAUAAAAGGAACGAAGCUUCAAACUGGAUCCCAUCGAGUCUACCCCAAGUAUCAUCUCACCAUGUAUGCCAAAAGGAAAAGCAUGUAUUACUUCUGGAAUGUUGCUCUAGUAUUGAUGUUGAUUGUUUGUCUGUCCUUUGCAUCCUUCGCCGUGAAUGCCGACCAGCCAGAGGACAGACUGAGCGUGACGUUAACCUUGCUUCUCACUGCCGUAGCUUUCAAGUACGUCGCUUCUCAAGCCUUGCCGCCGAUCUCGUACCUCACACUCCUGGACAAGUAUGUGAUAUUUUGCCUGGUGUUCCAGUGUUUAGGAGUGUGCCAGAAUGCGGUGGUGUCAGCCUUUACUACACCAGAGAGUAGAGCGCUGUUUGAUGCCAUCUCAGCCUAUGUCCUGGUCGGCCUUCUGGUCAUAGUCCACGCGGUUGCCGUAAUCUACCUCCUCAUUGUGAAGAGAAGAUCCAAUCAUGUUCUACACCAGGCAGUCAAGGACUAUGAGGAACUGAAUGCAAGAAUCAACAAAACUUGGGAAGCACGUAAAGUACAGAAACAAAAAGGUGAGAGGAAACAGAGAGGAGAAGGAGAGAGCAAGAGAGAGAAGAGACUGAAGAGGAACAAGGUGGAUGCAACGGAGGAAUAUCAGGAGUUACCCGACAAGGCAAGCACAGUCAGCUCAAGCUGAGGUGAGGAGCAAAGAUUUGGAAUUGCCAAGAACAGCUGUGUGGUUGCGAACGCCAAAGCGUUCCGGUUGUUAAGCAAAGCUAAUCCAAUUACGUACUUAGACGCUGUAACAGAGCAGUGAAAUUUGUGAACCCCAAAAAACAUGGCCAUUUGAACGUUGUGUUCUCAGAAAACAUGCUCAGUAUGAUUGAAACGUUAAAUUAUAAUGAAAGAAGAAAUUCUAAACUUCAUGUCAGUGAAAGAUCAUUACAAGGGAAAUAAACCCUGAAAGUUGCAAGAAGAUAUGGUCAAGAUUCCAACGGGAGAAACUUGUGUUCAAAGAUUUUGUCCGCCAAUGUGAACAUAUUAAUGUGUAACCUUUAGAAAUCGCCCCUCGCAACCACAUGGCCGAGAAAGGCCAGUUUGUGCUGAAUGCAAAUGCAGAGACAUGUCGAACCCAAUUUUAUUAGGAGUGACUCAGUUCAACACAAAUAGAUUUUGAUUUCAGACAGAUGAUCUUUAGGUAUUAACUUUCCCAAGACACUGAUGAAGUCACUCGGAACAACUUUAGCAGUUGAUCUUUCGAUGGCAUGUGCUUGUAGUCGCUCCUAGCUGUUUCAAAUGUCAAAUUUAAAGGUAAUAUACAACGUUUGCAAACAUCAAAAAACCAACUGUCAAAUAAGUAAAAAUACCUUACUUGACUGUAAGUGAAUAAUAGUCCCAAGCAUCCUGUGAAAUCAUGGCAC